AUGCCCAGAGGCCUCGGCUGCUUGGGGAGCCCGGAGGGGCAAGACGGCAGGUAUCAGACCCCCGCGGCGUCAGAGCUCCAGAGGCUGAUGUGGACAAAGAGAGCGACCAACAGCCAUCUGGAUGAGGUUCAGCCCAGGAUCUAUAUUGGAGACAUGUAUGCCGCCAGAGACAAGAGGACACUCCGGGCUCACCACAUCACCCAUGUACUUAACGCCGCUAAUGGGAAGUUCAACGUGAACACGGGCCCCGGCUUUAGAGACACCAAAAUCACUUACCAUGGAGUGGAAGCUUUUGACAUGCCGUCCUUUAACUUGAGUCCCUUCUUUUACCCAGCGGCAAAUUUUAUCAAGAAGGCUUUAAGUUCGCCCAAAGGUAAAGUGUUUGUCCACUGUGCGAUGGGUCUCAGCCGCUCGUCCACUUUGGUCCUGGCCUUCCUGCUGAUCCAUGAGAACAUGACGCUGGUGGACUCCAUCAAAGCUGUCAGCGCCAACAGGAACAUCUCACCUAACAAUGGUUUCCUGGAGCAGCUCCGAGAGCUGGACAAAAAGCUGCACUGCCCGGGAUCAUCGAGGAGCUGCAGUGCCAACGGGGGAACUUGAGACGCAAUCCACCAGUUCAUAAAUGCGUGUUAUACUCUUGUGUUUACAGUAGAUAACAGAGGUAUGCAUAUUUAAAAAAAAACUCCGAUUGUCUUUUCUUUGGAAGACAAAUUACACUUUUUGUGAAGAAAUGAAAGUUGACAGGAUCUGGAGUUUUCGUGUCUUGCGUUUGUGUUUUAUUUUGAAGUCCCCGUCUCUCAUGUCCUCUGUUUCCCUGCACUUCCUGUCCCUGUGAUUGUCUGCCCUGUCCCUGAUUGUUUACACCUGUGUCCAAUCACCUGCACCUGUGUAUUUAAACCCUGUUUGUCUCGUUCCCCACUCUUGGGUUGUCUUGUUGAGUUUGUGUGUGUUUGACCUGUUAUUUUG